UUAUUGUUCAAAUGGUAUCAUAAUCUUAGUUUUCGAAAUUUCUUAGAGAUUAAUUAUUAUGUAUUUUCGAGUUUACUGAACUAAAUACUAAUAUAAAAUAUAAACACAUCAUAUUUAAAAUGAGCAAAUCAAAAGUCAAUGUUGAAAAACAGGACAUUUUGCAAGCUGUUGUAGUGACUAAUUUCUUUCAUAAGAAGUUCUGGCCAGCAUGUGAUAAAGAUUCUUGUCUAGUACCUUUAGUAAAUAAGCCAUUAUUAUACUAUACAUUAGAUUUUUUAGAAUCUUCAGGUAUAAAAGAUAUUAUUUUGUUUUGUUCAAGUGAGACUGAUAACAUUAAAGGGCUAGUUAAAAAUUCACGUUUCCAUUUGCUUGACAUAACAUAUACUACAUCAGAUACAUGUCGAUCUCUUGGUGAUGUACUCAGACACAUAGAUGCCUGUGCUUUAAUAAGAAAUGAUUUUAUUUUGCUUGAGGGCAAUGUUGUUGGUAAAUUGUCUUUAUUGCCUUUAGUGAAAAAUUUUAAAAAUUUGAGGGAUAAAGAUAAAGGAGCUGUGAUGACUUUAAUUUAUCAACAAGUAAAUGUUAACAAUGAUCAGACAUUAGUUUUAAGUUCAAAAACCAACAGAAUCCUUUUUCAUAACAAAAAGAAAACUAAAUUAUAUUUACCUGUAGAAUUAGUUCUCAAUGAGAGUGUUGAUAUAAGACAAGAUUUGUUAGAGACUAAUAUUGCAAUAUGUUCUACUGCUGUUCCACCAUUAUUUGCUGACAACUUUGAUUUUCAAACCCUAGAUGAUUUUAUAAAAGGGUUAUUAAUAAAUGAAGAAAUUUUGAACAGCACACUUUAUGCUUAUAUUAAUAAUGAAGGCUAUGUUAAUAAAGUCUAUGAUUGGCCUUCAUAUCAAAAUGUUAGCCAAGAUAUUUUAAGUCGUUGGAGUUACCCACAAGUACCAGAUGUCAUAGAUAAAUAUAAUUUAAGAUAUGGCAAUGUUUAUUAUGGAGAAAACUUGAAAUUGGCCUUGACUUGUAAAAUUAAUAAAAACAGUGUAAUAGGUUCAAACUCAAAAUUAGGUUCAGAGACUAGUAUAUAUAAAAGUAUUAUUGGAAAAAACUGCACUAUUGGUAAUAAUGUCACUAUAGAAAACUCUUAUUUAUUUAAUGGUACUAAAGUAAAGGAUAAUUGUAUAAUCAAAUUUUCUGUUAUUGGAUAUAAUAGUAUUAUUGGUGAAAACAAUUCAAUAACAGAUGGAUGCAUUUUAGGUUCAAAUGUUGUUAUUGAACCAAGAAAAAUGAUACAACAAAAAAGGUUAAUUGGUUACAAUAUAGGAAAUAAUCUAGAAAUGUUAAGUGCUAAAGCAUUUAUAUAUAAUGAUCAUGAUGAUUCAGAAGAAGAAGAAGAGGAGGAGGUUACUGGUUUAGUGUAUCGUACUCAUACUUUAUCGAUUAAUUAUUCAUCAUCAGAGAAUGAAGAUUCAGUUUCAAUUGCUGGAUCCUUACCUGAUGAUACUUCCAUGUUUUAUUCUGAAGUUGUUGAUUCAUUAAUAAGAGGAUUUGAAGAUCAUGUUCAUUGUGACAACUUAAUACUAGAAAUAAAUUCAUCACGUUAUGCAUAUAAUAUUAACUACAGAGAAGCUAAUUUUCAAGUAAUACGGGCUAUAUUGACUUUAAAUAGUGCGGUAGAACUGGAAGCACUUAAUCAAGUGAGAUAUUAUGCUCAAUUACAGUCAAAGUUAAAUUAUUUUCUGCCAUUACUAAAAAAUUAUAUAAAAAAUGUUGAUUCUUGUGAAGACUGUCUUUUAGCUAUUGAGGAUACUGCUAAAGGUGAAGAAAUGUUAAAUUCGGUUGUGGUAAAAGUCAUACAUCAUUUGUAUGAGACAAAUAUACUAAGUGAAGAAUCUAUUCUCAAGUGGCAUGAGAAGGAUGGCAAUGGAGUGUUUGGAAAAACUAUUAGAGAAAAAACAUCUAAACUAGUUAAAUGGUUAAAAGAAGCAGAAGAAGAAACUGAUUCUGAUAAUGAUAGUGAAUAAAAUACUUAAAAUAAUGAUGCACUUCUUUAUCUGUAAAUAUAUAUAUAUAUAUGUAUAUUUUUUUUGUUUGUUUUACAAGAUUAAUAG